UAAACUGCCUAUUUUAUAUAUCAUAGGUUUGUUUCUCUUAUCGGAAAGUUGGAUGUCAUAUGACAAUUUAUCCAAUCCGUUUCCCACACGUCGGAGAAGUACUUUAUGGAAAUGGAAUUUUUGGAAGAAGACGACCCAGCAACUUGUGAAGAUGAACAGGAAGAAGAUGUAGGAAGUUCAAGUAUACAAAUAGGAACAAAAACAGAACCCAUUCCACUUCCGAGUAGCUCUAGAGUUGCUUCUUCUCUUCCUACACAGUCAGCUCCCAGUGAUUAUGUACGUGUUCUUAGUGAAUCUUUUCAGGCUAUGGGAACGGCUUCUGUGCCGUCAUCUUCCUUUCGUUGGAAUUUACGUAGAGGAAAUCAGGCUCUUCAGUAUCGGCGUCCUGGCCGAAUACUAGAAAUUGCGCUUCCCAUCCAAGAACCAGGACCUUAUGAAGUUGUUAUCCAAGUGACUCAUGCAGGUGUUUCAGAUUAUGAUUUAAAGGUUGUUUCAGACGCAUUUCCCUUUGUGUCAAAAAUUGUUCCAGGCAGAGAAGUUACGGGGAAGAUCGUAGAUAUAGGAAAGAACGUAACACACGCAGCUCUGGGAGACACAGUAGUGGUCGAUCCAGAAUAUACCUCUGUUGCUGAUGGAGGUUCGAAAUCUUUAUCGUUUCAGGAACGUAAGGCUAUCGGAAUGACACAUAAUGGUGGUUGGGCACAGUAUCUUUUAGUAACUGGCAUUCAGGUACACAGGAUUCCCAACGAUCUCCCUGGUCCCUGGGCUACAAUGAUUUAUGAAGUAGCUUGUAUUGUCAGUGCCUGGAAGAAGAUUCAACCAGUCUCAGAAGCCGAUAGGAUUUUGAUUCUGUGUAAUGGCAUCGCGGGUUUCUUAUGGGGUCUGUAUUUACGACUAAAGAAUUUUGACGUUGAGCUUUGUCAAUGUCAGACGAGUUACUCACUGUCGAUACAUCAGUUGGACUUUACAGUUGUUCAUAGAGAAUCUUUGGAAACAGGUGCCGGAAUUGCUUUGCUUGAUUACGAUAUCAUCGUGGAUACUACUGGAAAUUACGAGUUGAUGGACUUAGCUUUUCAGUGGCUGAAACCCAUGGGAAAAUUCUUACUAUAUGGUUUGCCUUCGGGUGCUAGUCAUUCAAACAAGUGGUGUCUUCGUGAUAUACUGGAUAAGGAAGCUACAAUAUGUGGCUCUAUUUCACACAGCAGAGGAGGUUUCGCUGAGGCCGUUCAUGCUGCUAGAAAAUUAUCCAAGUAUUCAUUGGAGAGUUUAGGUGUCAACUUGUACUCUAUAUCAGAUUAUCAAAAUGCACUUUCAGAUUUGAAAAGCGGGCGUUGUACGAAAGUAAUUUUCACUGUACAGGAUCCUAGUAGGCGAAGUUUUUUGUCAUCCCCCAGUUCUCCUAUUUUGUCACCUUUUGAUGCUCCAAAAUUUCGAGUUCCUCAUUUGUACUUGUGAGAAAACAUAUGUAACAAAGUGAAUAUUUAAUGGAAUUCGGGUUAUG